GAUCAUGGCCGGGAGCGGCGAGGAGGCGCCAGGCGGCGGGCGCGGCGUCGUGAUUAAGGACGAUUGGCCUGGCUACGACUUGAACGUGUUCACGUACCCCCAGCACUAUUCCGGCGACCUGGAGUAUGUGCUCAUACCACAUGGCAUCAGUGUGGACAGAAUUGAGAGGCUGGCCAAGGACAUUAUGAAGGACAUAGGCUACUGUGACCUCAUGGUCCUGUGUGUGCUGAAAGGGGGCUACAAAUUCUGUGCUGACCUGGUAGAGCACCUGAAGAACAUCAGCCGGAACUCGGAUCAGUUCGUCUCCAUGAAGGUCGACUUCAUCCGGCUGAAAAGUUACAGGAACGAUCAGUCCAUGGGCGAGAUGCAGAUCAUUGGAGGAGAGGAUCUCUCAACCCUGGCUGGCAAGAACGUCCUCAUUGUCGAGGACGUCGUAGGGACCGGGAGGACCAUGCGAGCCCUGCUCAGCAGCAUUCGGACGUACCGGCCCAACAUGAUCAAGGUGGCCAGUUUGUUGGUGAAGAGAACGCCCAGAAGCGACAGCUUCCGACCCAACUAUGUUGGCUUCGAGAUUCCUAACUUAUUUGUGGUGGGAUAUGCCUUGGAUUACAACGAGUACUUCAGAGAUCUGAAUCACAUUUGCGUGAUCAGCGAGCACGGUAAAGAAAAAUACCGGGUCUGAGGACGUAAGAACCGUCGGCACGAACUCCCAGAUGACGUCGUCCCCUCGCACGGACCGCUGCUUCCAUGCAGAGUUUGUCCGCUCCGGCCACCUUGGAAAGAGAAAAAAAGUUACACUGUAUUCUCGGCAAAAGUUCUCAAGGAGAGAAAGCCAUGCUUCCAUUGGACAGGUUCCAAAUCAAACACUGCACCCUGGAGACUCAGAACUCCACGCCCCAAGCUCCGUCCACCAGAUCUGGCCAUCGCCCUCCAAGCCUCCUCCCAGGAAUGCCCCACCCUAACUCAGAUAGUUGUCACUCAACUGCUUUGACUAUUUUGGUACUGUUCCCCAGCAUCAGGAAGCUCCAGCUUCAAGCCCAUCUACGAGGUUCUCAUGGUCCGAACAAGAGAGAAAGGACCGGUGGGCGGGCCGGAUUGGCUUGUUUGCAUGUGUCUGACAGCACGCACCGCGCAUCCUAACGAUGUUGUGACAAGCGCUCCGGCAAGGUGAUGACAGCCCGUCACGUCUGCGUGGACAGGCUCAACCGUGGCGCAUACCCUGAGUGUUAAUUAAGACAAAUACAAUGGCUGCAAGGCCCUCGCGUGUAAGCUGCAUCUUUUGAUGUACUGCACGCGGCAGACGGCAGUUGGGUGUGGUUCCAGUGCUCAGAGCUCAGCAAGUCUAGGUCUUCCUGUGACAUCAGAGCACAGGACAGCGGGUCACGUCCUGAACUCGAACACAGGGCCUGGAUGGGGGGUGUUUCUAAGUGUCCUUGUCACACUGACCUCGGAAUCCAAGGUGCUACAGGAAACAAGCUUUUUUUUUUUUUUUUUUAGGGAAUAACAUUUUCCCCCAUUUUUACGGCUUAAUGAGACAUUUUCUAAUGGAUGGGGUUUUAACGGAAAAUAAACAUGGGUGCCAAUACAGCUGUUUUGUUUUUUUUUUUUCUUACUUCCUCAAAGGAGCAAAC